ACUGCCCGUGGGUGGGCGGAGCUAGGAAGUUGCUGGAUGGGUGUAGCAGGUGCCUACUAAAUAUCUGCAACUUGCUACAAUCUGAGAGAGUCGCAUGCGAGAUUGGGAGGUGCAGCUGCUGCUUCUCAGGUUGCACAGACAAAAUGGCGGAAAAAGGAUCUUCGGGCAUGGUGGCCUGCAUAGUGUUUGGGAAUAUCGUUAUACUGCUGUCUGGCCUCGCGCUGUUUGCAGAGACCAUAUGGGCCACCACCGACCCCUACAAGGUUUAUCCCAUUCUGGGGGUGACUGGGAAAGAUGACGUUUUUGCCGGCGGUUGGAUUGCCAUAUUCUGCGGAUUUUCAUUCUUCAUUCUCGGAGUCUUCGGCAUCCUUGCCGUGCAGCGGGGCAGCCGCACUAUGGUUCUGACGUACCUGGUUCUGAUGAUGAUCGUGUAUAUAUUUGAAUGUGCCUCCUGUAUCACUUCCUUCACUCACCGAGACUACAUGAUAAAUUCCAAUGUCAUUAAGGGGCAGAUGCUGACUUACUACUCGGAUAGCUCCACCCCCCAGGGCAGGCAGAUCACCAGCGUUUGGCUCAGGAUGAUGCUGGAGAAAAACUGCUGCGGCGUGGAUGGGCCGCUCGAUUGGGUCGACUAUUACUCCUAUUUCCGCCAGUCGUACAACGAAACCACCGCCCCGUGGCCCUUGUGGUGCUGCCAGAGAGACGGAAACUUCCAGAUCCUCAACCAGCAAGGGUGCAUCGUUGGCCUCAGCUCCUAUGUGUACCAGCAGGGCUGCUUUGCGCACAUAUCCAACGCCAUCAACAGCUACACCUGGGGCAUCUCUUGGUUCGGAUUUGCCAUCCUUAUGUGGACGAUGUUUGUCAUGUUGGCAACGAUGUAUCACUACACCAAGAUGAACUGAGGAGCCGGAUAUCCCGCUUGCCGCUGGGGGAGCCCCAACAGGAGAGGUUCAAGCCCCCCCAGAACCCACUUGGGACUUUUUUUUUUUCUAAAAUUAAAAACUGCCAGCGUUUUCCUUUGUCAGCCUCCUGGGGGCGCUCUCUCAGAGGUCAAAUCCCUUGUGGGAAUAUAUAAAAAGGACUUUACCCCCUUCCCACGCACCAAAGGGGUUUCCCUUGUAUAGAGCAGGGUUGCCGUGCAUUAGGGCAGCCUGAGCAGCGAGAGAAUUUUUAUUGUAUGUCGGCUCCUGUUACCGUGUAUGUAUUUUAGUUGAUCCUUCUGAUUGUGGGUGGAGCUAAUUCCCAGGGGACACGUGUUUUUACACUCGGUUAUUUCUGUUACUAAGUACUAUGAUGAUUUGGUACCGGUACCAGCACCUACACCCCCCCGGGCGUGUGUAAGCCUGUCACUGAACCUUGUGCUAUUCUCAUGGCUAACAGGGAAUGCUGGGAGUUGCAGUUCAGUGCUGGUUGGUUGCUAGGUCUAACACCGGCACCAACACCGGCUGAGAGCAUUGGGUUCAAUGAAGCCACAAGCCCCGCCCUUUAUACUCUCACUUCAACUGCCCGCCUGGAAUAUAUAUAUAUUUCCUUUUGUAUAAUACAGUGUUUUGUCUCUUUGUUAAGGAAAAAAUAAAUGUAUUAUGUGUUUCUUAAAUUGAA